AUGGCCUCACUUGGCCGUCGCCCCCGCUGCACGCUGCUGCUACUCGGCUUCGCCUGCUGCCGCGCAUGCGCGCCCGAGCCCCGCGCACUCACCGCCCCAUCUGGCUCCGGCGAGCGCGCCGCUGCCGAGCUCGCUCUGCCAACACUGGCCGCUCGCCGCGUCCGCCUCCGCCCACUUCUGCUGCUGCAGCCGCCCCCUGCAUCGGCGCUCUACAUCCGCGCCCGCGCCCCUGGAGCCCCGCGCUCGCCCGCAUCCUUCGCCCCCGCGCGCGUCCUCCGCUGCCCGGCCUCCAUUGGGAUCCGCGCCGCCACCAGCCACCUCCCUCCUCUCCUCCGCCGCCAAGUGGCUCCAGCCACCUCCAUCCCGCAGGGCCCGUCAGGACCCAGUUUGGGCCCUGGGAAGCCCAUCUGGGCCCGGAGCCACCGCUCGCCCCGCCCGCGCCCGAGAGGCCGUGCCUCCCACCGCUGGAGUGCCCCGUUCGUCCCGCCGCCUCGAGGCACCCCGGCGAGCCUCGCCGUCGCCAGCGCGCCUUCCCUCCGCCGCCGCGCCCGCAGUGCCCCGCCUCGCCGGCGAUGCCCUUCGCCUCCCCGCUCCUCCGCCGGACCGCUCGUCCUCGCGCCGCCUCCCGUCGCCGUCCGCCCCGCCGAUGACCUCGCCCCGCGGCCAUGCCCGUCCAACCGCCGCCUCCUCGUCGCCGUUUGGCCUCGCUCCGGCAAGAUCCGGCACAGCGCCGCCCCGUUCUGGCCUCGCCGCUGGCCGGAGCCGGAGUUCUGCCGCGCCGGCGCCCCUGCCUCGUCCCGCUCGCCGUUGACCGUCCAGCCGCGUCCCCGCGUCGGCCUGACCCCGUGGGCCCCGCGGCCCAGCCGAACUCCCCGCGGCCCAGCCCAGCGUCGGGCGCAGCCCCGGCCUGCCUCCUCCUCCUUCUGGGCCGAAGCCCAAUGGGUGAGCGCCAUAUUCCUCGCCCGCAGCGCUGUUUAA